UAUAAAAAAAAAAUGAAAAGACACUGAUAUUAAAUAGUGUUAAAAGUGAUAUUAAUAAAUAACUUUAUUACAUUAAAAUCAAGUGAUUAUUAAUUAUCCAAAUAUUGUCAUAUAUUUUUUGCGUGGUUAAAAUAAUCACUGCCGGUUUUAACAGCUUUUAGCUGAUCAAACACCUGAGUGAAUUUUGUGGUUAACCUCAAAACGCCGAAUUGUCCAAUAUUUAAUGUAAAUUAAUAAAUAAUUGAGUGUUUAUAUUAUUGUUAAUUAGACAAUAAAAUGGCACGUGUCACUGUGUACACAGGACAUCUCAGUGUUAUUCCUAUUAUUGAGUCAUCAUCAAGGCCAUUGGUCAUCACAAUAAAAGAGGAGCCAAUUGAUGCACCAGAGACAAUCAUAAAUGACAAUUCAUCAAAAGAUAAUAAUGAAAAAAAUAAUUCAAUUGAUUUUACAAAAAAUACAAUACCAUCAACAUCAUCAUCAUCACCAUCAAAUAAUAAACAAAAAUUAGAUUCAAAUAAUGACACAAAAAAACCACCGGCUAAAAAGAAAAAGCUAGAUGUUUCAAAAAAAUUAAUAAAUCAAGAUGAUCAACAAGGAUCGCCUCGUACUACUAGAAGUCGUGAACUUGAUUCAUUGAUAAAAGAUAAUAAUAUUGAUACAAAAUUACGUAAAAAAAAUCAGACUAUUAAUUCAGAUUCAUUAUUUUGUGAUGUUUGUUCAAAUAAAUUUGCAAAUAUUAAAGCAUUAAAACGUCAUCAAUUAUAUCAUAAAGAAAAGAUACUAAGAUGUCCACUUUGUAGAAUUAUGUUUGAUUCACCUGAUUUAUGGUUGAAACAUCAAGUAAAUGAUCAUGAAAAAUAUUAUGAAAAUAAAAAAGGUAGAGUGAGAUAUCAAUGUAAUUACUGUUGUGUUUUUUAUGGAAGAAAACAUGGAUUACAACAACAUAUACAUCAUUAUCAUACAUUUGAUAAUAAUGGAAAUGUCAUUACUGGAAAUAAAAAAAAUAUACAAUUAAAUUCUACAAAAAAAACUAAAAAAAGACCAAGAUCAAGAAAAUCAAUUGGUCAAUCAAUAAGAAGACGUAAUAGAGAAAAAUUAUUAAAUCAACAAAGGCUAAAUUUACAAGCAUCAAAAGACAAUGAAAAAACAAAUAAAAAUAAUGUAAUUUUAAAUAAAGAAAUUGGUAAAUCAUUGGUAAUCAAUGAUUCAAUUGAACAACAAAAUGUAAAACAAAAACAAUUUAAUAAUAACAAUAUGCAAUCAAGAUCUGGUGCAAAUAGUCCAUUGGUACAAAUACAUGCUAUUCCAAAAGAACUUGAAGCAUUACUUGGUGAUUGUGAUGAUAUUCCAAUGACAAAUUUAAGAUCAAAGAGUCCUGAAAAAACUACUGUUAAUAAUAGAAAAAAUUUAAAUAAUUCAAAUACAAUAACAUCAUCAUCAUCACCAUCAUUAUCAUCACGACCACCAUUAUCACGUUCAUCAGCAAGAAAAAUUCAAAGUUUACAACAACAAUAUAAUUGUCGUGAUUUUAAUAUUAUACUAGAAAAAGUACGUCUACCAAAAGAUAGAAAAAAAUUAAAUAAUACAAUAAUAGCUAAUAAUAAAAAUAAUGAUGAUGAUAAUAAUAAAAAAAUAAAUAAUAUUGAUAGUGUAUAUCAACGACCAAUUGAUCUUGAAUUACGUAAUUUAGAUAUUGCAUUAAAACAAUUGGAAAAACCAAAUAUAUCAAAUAAUAAUUUUAAUGAUAAAACAAUGAAUAAAGAAAAUUUACCAAAUAAAAAUUAUUUAAUUAAUAAUAAUACAAAUGAAAAAACAACAACAACAAAAACAAUAAAAUUAAAUAAAUAUAUAUAUAGAUCAAGUGCAUGUCGUUCACGUUUUACAAAUAAAUACAAAUUAAUAAAUCAUUAUUUAUGUUUUCAUACAAAUUCAAGUAAUCGUGAAUGUGGUAUUUGUCGUAUGAAAUUUAUAAAUUCAGGUAAAUUAAAAAAACAUUUAUUAUUACAUUGUAUUAAAAUUGUUGCAUCAAAACAUGAUCAUUCACCAAUUGAUGCUAAAGGACCAUGUGAAACAUAUAAAAAAAAAUAUAUGUGUAUUGGUUGUAAAAAACGUUUUUGGUUAUCAUCAUGUAUGAAUAAACAUAUACAACAUUGUAGAUUUUAUAAAGAAAAAAUUGUCAACAAAUCACCAUCAACAACAACAACAAAAAAUAAACGUGCUAUUGAAAAAUCACCAGUUACUAAUGAUGAUACAAACACAAAAGCAUCAGCAACAACAACAACACCAAUAAAAAAAAAACGUGUUAUUGAAAAAUCACCAGUUACAAAUGACGUUAAUCAUGAUGAUAAUAAAUUGAUAAUACCAACAACACGUACUUCUCGAAGAUUAUCUGAAAAAAUGAAAAAUAAUAAUUCAUUUGAAGAAAAUGAAACAAUUAAAGAAGACAAUAUUGAAAAGCCUACAAAAGUUAAUAAUAAAAAUAAUAAUAAACCAUUAACUUUUUGUAUUUUACCAGUACCAUAUCGUCCAGAUUGUGUAAUUGAUGACAAUGGAUAUUUGUGUAUUAUAUGUUAUACAUAUUUUCCAACUGAGGAAUUAUUAAAUGAUCAUAAACGUAAAUUUAUUGCACGUGAAUGUUCAAUGUGUCCAAUAUGUGGUAUAUUUUUUCCAUCAAUAAAUUUACGUAAUGCACAUACAAAAACAACUCAUUGUAAAGAAUUAUCAUCUUCAUCUUCAUCGUCAUCGUCAUCCUCAUCAUCAUCAUCAACUUCAACAUCAACAAAAACAUCAAAAUAUUCAAAGCUAUCAUGUCCAGUGUGUGAUCAAAAUUUUACAACAAAAACAAAUUUACGUAUGCAUACAUUACAUAUACAUCGUAGUGAAUGGAUUUAUAAAGAUUAUUUUUAUGAUAAAAAUAUAAUUAAAAAUAAUCAAAUAAAAAUAAAAAUGCAAUGUAGUUGUUGUAAUGUUGAAUUUAAAAAACGUGAAAAUUUUAUUGAACAUACAAUGUAUUAUUUUGCUGAAGAAAUAUAUAAUUGUGAAUUAUGUGAUGUUAAAUUUUAUGGACAAUAUCGUAUACAUCAUCAUAAUAAAAAAGUACAUUAUAAAAAAAUUUUAAAAGACACAUAUCCACAUUGUUGUGAUAUUUGUGACGAAGGAUUUUUAUAUAAAAUACAUUUAAAUUCACAUAUGUCACAUGUACAUAAUGUAACAAUUGCAUAUAACAAUAUUUAUGAUUUAAAUAAUAAAAUAUAUUCAUGUACAGUAUGUGAAGAAAAAUUUCAAUCAACAAUAUUAUUAUCAGAACAUGAAACAGAACAUUCUAAUGAUGGUAAUUUUAAAUGUCAUUAUAAUUAUUGUUUUAGAAAAUUUCAUAUUGAAAAAGAUCCAUUAGAAAUUGAUAAAAAUUUACAUUCAAUUAAUGACAAUGAUUCAUUAUCAUUACAAUUAUCUGAUACUGGUGAAAUUGCUGAAAUUUUAUGUGAUACUGAGACUGAUAAUAUAUUAAAUCCAUCAUUGAAUACACACAUUGAAUAUACAUGUGCAAUAUGUGAUGAAAAUUUUGUAUCUGAGAUUGAAUUAAAAAUCCAUCGUAACAGUCAUCCACCAAAUGAUUUAAUUUGUUAUGAUAAAAUUGAUAAUAAUGAUAAUUCAAUUAAAGGUAAUAAUCAACAACAAAGAAAUUAUCAAGUUGGAUUAUUAAAUAAUGAUAGUUUAACAGAACAACAAACAUUGACAUAUAUAUCAAGUGAAAUUGAUGAUGAUAAUAUUUCAAAUCAACAACAAUUAACAUAUGAUACAAAUAUUAAUAAUAAUACAUCAUUAUUUAUAUCAAAUAUAAGAUCAGUUGAUUUAUCAGCAUAUGAAAAUUUAACAAAUUCUACAAAUAUAUAUCAAAAUAAUUUAACAUCAAGAUCAUUAUCAACAACAACAACAACAACAACAACAACAACAACAACAACACCACCACCACUACAGCCAUUAUCAUCUUCAUCAUCUUAUGUAAUUAAUUCACAACAACAAUCAGUUUUAGCACCACCAAAACAUUCAUGUCCAGAUUGUUUAGCACCAUUUAAUUGUUUAAAAACAUUAUUAAGUCAUCAAAUUAAAUAUUCAAAUUCUGGAACAAAUAUAUGUGAUGAAUGUGGAAGAAAAUUUGUACAUACUAAAGCAUUUCGUGAGCAUAUAUUAAAACAUGAAAAUCGUAAAAAAAAAACAUUAUAUUCAUUGCAACAUUAUUGUAAAAAAUGUGAUGAAGUAUUUGCAACAGUUUUAUCAAAACGUAUGCAUUUUGCACAUAUACAUAAAACAUUUUUAAAUGAUACAAUAAAUGAUACACGACGUUAUUCACCAGUAAGUAGUAAUUCUGAAUCUGAUAGUUUAAUUGUAAGUGCACUUGUUGAUUUAUCAAAUGGUUCACAUAAUAAAACUAAAAAUAAUACAAAUGAAUUAUCAUCAUCAACAAUAACAACAACAACAGCAACAUCAACAACAACAUCAACAUCGUCAAUUCAAUCACAACCACGACAAAUUGAAGAAGUUGAUUUAACUGAAGAUGAUGAUUUUUGUAAUCCAAUUGAAUCACAACCAAUAUAUUCUGAAUCAUUAAUAUCUACAGUUGAUCCAAUAUCAAAAGAAGCAUAUCAAUCACAAACAAAUAAUGAUACACCAUCAACAUCAACAGUAUCAUCUUCAUUAUCAAUAAAAAAUUCAAAAUUAGCAACACUAUUAAAUUUACCAUCAAUAAAUCAACAAGUACCAGGAUUAUCAACAGCAUCAACAUCAAUACCAUUAGUACAAAUUGAUGAAACUGAUAAAUCAUCAAAUACAAAAUACAUAACAACAGAAGAAAUUUCAAAUUCACCAAAUAUUUAUGCACAAUCAUUGGCAUGUACAUUGUGUGGUCAAAUAUCACCAAAUCUUGAAACAUUAUUUUUACAUCUUGAAAAAGUACACAAUUUAUUUCCAUCACCUAAAAAUAUAAUUAUACAAAAUGAUGAUGAUGAUGGUAAAAAAAAAAAUAAUGAUACGACAUUAGUUAACAGUGAUUGUAAUAUAUUUCUUGAUGAUCGUAAUGGUAUUAUGUUUUCACAGCCAACUUCAACAAAACAAUUAUUAAAAUUACAAGAAUUACAUAGUUGUAAAAUAUGUAAUAUAAAAUUUGCAAAUGAAGAUUCAUUAAAAAUGCAUAAUAAUAAAGAGCAUAAUAACUUGAAUGAUGAUGAUAAUAAACAACAAAAUAAUGAAGAUGUUAUAAAUAAAAUUAUAAAUAAAAAUGAUAAUAAUAAAUCAAGUAUUAAAUAUAUAUUAAGUCAAAUUCAACAUCAUGAUAAAGACAAAUAA